AUGGCCAAUGAUGAUAUCAAAUAUCAAGAGGAAUAUAUUUCAAAUGCACGAGGAUUGAACCUCUUUACAUGCCGAUGGAGCCCUUCAAACUACGAUCCAAAAGCUCUCAUCUUCCUAUGUCAUGGAUAUGCCAUGGAAUGCAGCAUUUCAAUGAGAGGCACCGGCACACGGCUGGCAAAGGCUGGAUUUGCGGUGCACGGAGUGGACUAUGAAGGCCAUGGAAAGUCUUCAGGACUUCAAGGCUAUAUUAGCAAUCUAAAUGAUGUCGUGGCUGAUUGCUUUACAUACUUUGCAAGUGUUUGUGAGAAAGAGGAGCACAGGAGAAAACGGAAGUUCUUGCUCGGUGAGUCCAUGGGAGGAGCUAUCGCGUUGAUGCUUCACAGGAAGGAACCUACCUUUUGGGAUGGGGCCAUUUUAGUUGCCCCCAUGUGCAAGAUCGUAGAAGAAAUGAAGCCUAGUCCCAUGGUGAUUACAAUCUUAAGCAAGCUCAGCAAUGUAAUCCCUACAUGGAAGAUUAUUCCUAAUGAAGACAUCAUUGAUAGGGCAAUUAAAAGCCAAGAAUGGCGUGAAGAGGUCAGAAACAAUCCUUAUUGCUAUAAAGGAAGGCCUAGGCUAAAGACUGGUUACGAAAUUUUUAUGGCAAGCUUGGAUAUUGAAAGCAAUCUUGAAAAGGUAACCCUGCCAUUCAUUAUAGUCCAUGGUGGUGCUGAUGCUGUGACUGACCCAGCAGUAAGUGAGGCACUAUAUACAUUAGCUGAGAGUAAAGACAAGACACUGAAGCUCUACCCAGGGAUGUGCCAUGCUUUGACUUCCGGUGAACCAGAGAACAACAUUGACAUUGUGUUUUCGGAUAUCAUUCGGUGGCUUGAUGAGAGGGCAUUGGUUCAAAAUGAAUCAUAG